AUGCUUCACAUUGCAUUUGAUUCGUAUUAUCAUUCGUGUUUUUCAAUAUCAUUUAGUAAUCCUCCUGAACCUAUCUAUCAUGUUCGUUAUUUAAGUGAAAUUACAAAUUCACCACUUGACGGUAAUAUAGUAAAUACGAAGAAGAAAACGAAAAAGAAUAUUUCCGGACGUUAUUUGAAAGGAACACAUGGUCGACAUGUGACAAUCGAUCUUCCUAUUAAUUUACCUGAUUCCAAUGAAUUUUUCAUUCGUGUUACUCGUCUUACAGUUCCUUAUCAAAAUCUUUCAUUUAUUCAUCCAUAUCCACUUCUAUAUUCACCUCCAAAGAAAAAAACACAUGCUGAUGUUAUAAUAAAACCACCAUCAAUCUAUUACAAAUUGAAUAAAGAAGAAAUUUGUUCGCAUUCAAAACAAUUUCCUAAUAUCAUUCUUACACGUCUCAAACAAUGUAACCUUAAAGUUAUGAAUAAUUUAGAUUUAUUUGAUAACUAUGGUAUUGUAUAUCCAUUCAUUGGUAAUAAUGCUAAAAAUAAGAUUGCUAAUUAUCAAUUAAAAAAAUCUCAACUUGAUUUUCGUUUGGUAUUUCGAUGUCAUCAAACCGAUGAAUUUAUUGAUUUAAAUGUUUCAUGUCGAUCAGAUGAAUUACUAGAAGAAGAAGGAACGGAAUGUAAAAAAUUACUAAUAUCAUCAUCUUUAUAA